AUGCGAGUUGAGGAAUCUCUCGACUCGAAUGCGCCCGCUUGUGCUUCAAAAGGUCUAGAAACGCCGGGAUUUCUCCUUGAAGCGCCCGCCAAGGUUCCCACUCGCCCUUAUCGAAAACCGAGGCUCACCGAUAAGAGGCGAAACGUGCACUCUGGGGGCUGCAUGGUCCGCCCGAAUGCCUUUAACGCGUCCGGUGCACGCGUGGACGAUAUGGACUAUAUUGACGACAGCAAUCCUUUCACCAAGGCCCAGACCGUUCAUCCUGAAGUUCGGGCCUAUGUCUACAGUCUCGUUAACGCACUUGGUGGGAGUAGUACAGACGACGAUGGCCGCUACGUCCUCGGUGACGACGCGCUUGCCUGUCUUCGAGAUCUCAAGCGGUGGCUGAAGCUGUACGACGAGAAGAACAACCGACUCGAUGUCGCGAGAUGUCUAGCAGAAGCCAAGCUUGUCGGGGGAGACCUGAUACCCAUUCUCGCCUCGUGGCCCGAAGACGGCAAGGAGAACAAGCUGAAGGCUCGCGUCGCGCUGGCAUGCUUGGAAGUACUGGUGCCGUUAACAUGGCCACUGGAGACUACAGGAGAAAUGACCGUUAACCAUCACCGACACACGCCAUACAUUCAGCAAGCACAAGUCGUAUACAAGGCCGCCGUCCUGGGCUGCGACACUAGCAAUAUCCUCCGGCAGGUAGUGCGCAUUGGCUUACCCUCGAUAGCCGUGGCCAGAGACGAGAGAACAAGCCGAGACGAAGGUAUACUCAAGCUUAUGCUCUACUUCUUUCGAAACAUCGCCGUGAUUCAGCAGAUUCCCAAUUUACCUAGCCAGGGCUUGGAUUCAGAAGUCUCUCGAUCGGCGACCAUAGAGGCGUUCAGAGACCAAGAUGUUUUUGCUCUGCUUCUGACCAUCUGCUCAAAUAUGGGAGAUGAUUUCAACUUGCAGGAUGUUAUUGUGUUGGACAUACUCUUCAACUUGAUCAAAGGUGUUGACCCGCGAAGACUGUGGAUGACACAGCAAGAGAGGAAGAGUCAGGGCAUCACGGACCUGGGGGCCGCUCUCGCUGUGGAGGAGAGCAAGAAUCGAGACGCGAAGAAGCAUCAGUGGAGCAGACAUGGACGCUUCGGAACCAUGAUAUGGGUGAAACGGGAGGGAGAAAAGAUGUCGGCUGUCUCGGGCCAGGACAAUCUCCGAAACGAUCAGCAGGCGCUGUUGAACAUGGACAAGUCCAAGAAAUGGAAUAAGCCUCAACAGAAACGCAGAGAUAUCGACCACACAAUCCACGAUUUCGAUCGUACUACUCAUCUCACUGACUCGGCGGCCGAGAAGCUACGAAACUUCGUCGAAGAGUUCCUCGAUUCUGGAUUUAAUCCAUUCUUUACACAUCUGCGCAAAGCCAUUGAGCGAGAGGCAGAACGGCUGGUCGAUGUCAAUUAUCGCCAGUUUUUCUAUGCAGUGGCAUGGUUUCUCGAAGCCGAGCGUAUCCGACGAGAGACGCAGAAGAAGGAGGUCAAGCCAGACAAAGUGCGAGAUGACUUUACCGAUGAGAGCUAUUCGAUUGUUGCCGCGGUUCUCAAUCAAGAAACUUUCAUCAUGCUAAAUCGAUUCAUGCAAGUGUCCUUGGACAACAAAGAGUGGCAGGACUUGAAUGCCUGCAUGCGAUGCUUCACUCAGGUUUUGCUUACGGUACAAGAGAUGACACAGAGCCCGUUGGAAGAGGAUCAAGAAAUCGCGGACAACAUCCAAAACCGAAUCUUUUACGAGGAAACGACGCAUGAUCGGGUCGUGGAGAUCCUGAAAGGCUACAAGGAUCAGGGCUUUGGCUAUCUCGACGCUUGCACGGAGCUCUCGCACGUCUUUUUGCGCAUGCUGGAGAGAUAUUCGAAGGAGAACGUCGACCUGCAGAUACGGUCUCGUCGCAGGGCGAAGAAGAAGCGUCAGGAAGAGAGGAGAAAACUUGCUCAACCGGGUGACGAUCCUGCUGCAGAUGACGAGGUGUCCGAGAAUGAAGAUAUCGCCGACGUGGUUCAAGUCUCCAAGGAACGAAAGUUCGAUUUCAAUCGAUUCGCGGCAAAGUUCUCUACACAAAACUCUGUCAACACCUUUGUCUCUCUUACAACCUUAUACCGAGAUCUCAGCGUUGAUCAACUCAAACGUGCCCAUCGAUUCUUUUAUCGAGUCGCGUUUAAGCAGGACUUGGCUGUCCUCCUUUAUCGUAUCGACAUCAUCGCCCUUUUCAACAAGAUGAUCAACGGACCGGAUUGCCUCGAUAGGAGACAUGCAAUGUACAGAGAAUGGUCGGAAUUUGCCAGACAAGUGUUCAAGAAGAUGUUCAAGAAGAUCGAUCAGCGACCCGAGCUGAUAGUGGAAAUGCUAUUCAGUAAAAUCAACUCGACACUGUACUAUCUCGAAUACGGUCAGGAGAAACAGACAAUCGCAACCACUCGUGCGCCUGCAGAACUAGAAAUCAGGCCAGCGCCCGGAAGAGAUAUCAAGGAACAGAUCGGGAUUGUCGUCACAGUCCUGCUGAAAGAUGGCAAGGCAGAUCUUGUGCGAUGGGUCAAGACAACACUGGGAAGCGCUUUUGAUGAACGACAUGCUUGGGAAGCAGAAGCCGAAGCACGGAGACUGGGAAUCACCGAGGCCGCACAAAGGGAUGGAGAGGAACCCCCGGAAAACGUUGAUGUCGGGAAACCAUCGUACAUCACUGUGCACGCUUCCUCAGAGGACAUCAAAACGGCAAUGUUCAAGAACGGAAGACUUAAGUUGCUGAUGCGUUUGGUUAACUUUGAAAUGCUCGGAGACGAAGACGUGCUCGGAGCGACGUGGAUCAUCCCCGGACAAAUAUCGGCCGGACAGCUUUCAGAUCACAAGGCGGCAAUCGAACAGUACGAACAGACGCCGUGGCAAGGGGAGGACGAGAAUGAAGAAGCCGAAGAUAUGAUCCGUCGUGCAAGGAACAAAGAGAAGAUAGACCGAGAUGAUGGGGACGAAGCGCCGCGCGACGCAUUCAUUGACGACUCUGAAGGUGAAGAGGAGUUUCUGUUUCCGGACAAUCCGCGCAAGAAGAAGUCCAAGGACGCCAUUGCCGAACUUCGGGCGAAGCGCAAAAGGAAGCGAGGCGAAGAUGAUGAUGGAGAGGAUGACAUUGACGAGGAUCUUGCGGCCCAAAGAAGAGCCGCACGAAAAGCAGCUGCAUUGGACAGGCGACGCAAAAUCAAGAGUGAAGCUUACAUCAGGGACAGUGAUGAUGAAUCCGAUGCAGAGAAGGACCGGCUCUUCUUCGAGAGGGAGGAGCAGAUGCGAACGAAGUAUGCAGAAAAGAUUCGCAAUGAGCUUCAAAACCAGACCAGCCUAGGUAUCAGUGAGCAGCAACCGAAAGCAACGAAGAGAGCCAAGAAGCAGCAUGCUGCUCAGACAGAGGAAGAGCGAGCGAGUGACGACGAUCUGCUUAUGACUGACACCGAUGACCACCACACCGAGCCAGCCUCAUCGCAGCAGCGGCGGGUGUGGGAUAGCGAGGAUGAGGAAGAGGACGAUGGCGAUACUCCAAUGUCCUCACAAAGCGCACAAGCGAAUAUUGAAGCAGGCGAUGGACAGAUGAAGCUCCGCGAGCUUGACCAGCCACGCGCAGCUGUCGAACCCGGCAGCAAAACAUUCCAAGCGGAGGUGGAAUUGAGUGAUGACGAUGAAGAUAUAAUACCGACAGCGAGACGACGGCCUAUGGUUCGGGGAGGGUUCGUUGUGGAUAGCGACGACGAUGAGUGA